AAAAUUUACUGUAAAAGAGUGCAAAUUAAAAUUGUGCAAGCAGAACCAAACAGGGCUUAGUGCUUGAAUUGACAAGUCGCAUAAACCUCUAGCUAGUACAAAUCAUUUCUUGGGGGGAAAAAGGUUGUAGGGUAACCAACAAUUAAUUGUACAAUAAUAACUUGUCUGUUUUUUUCCCCUUGUCCUGUCCUUCCUCCAUCUUUAUACACGGUAAGUGUUUUAAUUUGACUUUUGCAAUAUUCACGUACAUUGUAAAGACUACACAUAUUUUGUUCAAAAAAAAAAUAUAUACUACGUAAUAAAGACCACAUAAUCAAAUCUCAUGACCUCAAGGUAAAUUUAAGAGAUAAAUCCCCAACCACGAUGCUGGCCUCUUCCUCCAUCAGCCGCACCAUGAAUCCCUUAGUUAAUUCCCUCAUCAACCAUGGUAACAGAUUAGCAACACUAAAAGAUGUGGCUAAAAGCCGAUCAAGUAGAGAAAUCAUUCAUGAAAGUGUAAUAAAAGAGGUUGAAGAUCUACUUCUAAAGCUCAAGAAACCUCAACUUCCAGGCUCUUUCCCUGAUACUAUCAUACCCAAAAUAAUCGAUAAAAUCCAGGCUACUGUUCAAACUUUCAUCAAGCUUGACAGUGACAAUGCUGCAAAAUACGAAUACCUUGCUAAGAAAAUCAAUGACUGGAAAUCCAAGAAGCAAUCUUCAACAACACUCAGUGUGCCCAAGCACCUUCGCAUGUCGCCAACUGGUGAUUCAACUUAUCAGCCUGAUUCUUCCACUGUUGAUGAUCAUCAAUUUCAGCAGCUCACUAACAAAAAGAAGACAUGUCUAAUCUGCUGGAGUUUGUUCCCUGCUGGAACCGAAAUACAGAGAAGACAGUUGAUCUACUGGUGGAUUGGGAUGGACUUAAUUACUGAUCAAAUCGAGGGUGAUAAUAUACUAGCAGAUUUUGUUGACAAAGAGUUCAUCGAGUGCACCAUUAUGGGAAACAAAAUAUUGUGUAAUAGCUACAAGAUGAAUGAAAAUGUUCACUCCAUAGUCGUUCAAGCGAUUAGCAGCUUUGGCAAUUCUGUAACAGAGCGCAACUUUUGGUCCGUAACGUACCUGCAACAGCAACAACAGCAACAGCAACAGCAACAGCAACCAACAAUGUUCCAGCGAAUGUCAUCGCUAUCUAAACAAACGAAAGGCGAUGACAAUGUCACGCCAACGAUGUCAUUGGUGAUUAACAAAGGAGAGAACAGCCUCAGUGGUGAGACACUUGAAUGGCUGAAUAAAAUGAAAAAUGUUAAAGUACUACACUUAGGUAGCUGGGUUCGUGAUCCUAAAAAUUAUAUCGUAGUUGAAGAUAUUGAAACGCUCAAGGGUUUAAAAAACAUGGGGCAGUUAACUUGUUUAAGCUUACAAGGGAUAUCAGGAAUAGUUGAGCUACCAGAAUCAGUAUACAAGCUUGAUAACCUGAAGAUCUUGGACUUGCGAGCAUGUCCCAACUUGGAGUCCCUCUCGGAAGGGAUCGAGUCAUUGAAGCAACUUACUCACUUGGAUUUAUCCGAGUGCUACUUACUUGAUCAUGUCCCUAAUGGGAUUUCUUCAUUGACUAAGCUUCAAGUGCUCAAGGGCUUUGUAAUUAAUCCAGAAGACGAUCCACAACAAGCGGUAGAUAAUGGAAAUGGAAAGAUUAAUAACAAUAAGAUGAAGAAAAAGGUGUCUUCAAUGGCAACAUUUAGUGACUUAUCAAAUCUUAAAGAGCUAGUAAAAUUGACUAUCCGCACUAGAAGAAUGAAAUUUCCAACCAUACAAGAUUUUGAUACUCUGUUGGCAAUGGACAAGCUCAAAACUCUAGGAAUUCUUUGGGUGCGGAGUUCUUCCGCUGUUGUAUGUCCAACGCCCACAAGAAGAUUUCCAAAGAGUCUCGAGAAAUUGGAGCUUCAGGCUGCCCCAAAGGAUACGUUGUCAUCUCUUCUACGAUGUAUUUGUAAAGAUAAAGAGAGUUCCUUGCAGAAACUCUACAUUAGAGGAGGCCAAGUUCUGGACCUUGGUAUGGUGUCAAUGGAGAUGCAUUCUUUUUGCAAUGUGCAUACCGUACGUCUCAGAUACUUGCCGGAGCUAACCAUCCAUUGGGGUGAAUUUAGGAAGUUUUUUCCUAAAUUAACUCGAUUACAAGUAUGGAGAUGUCCUAAUCUCAUCGCUUUCCCGUGUGAUGAGAAUGGUUUAUGGGUAGAAACAAACUAGAUCAGUUAAAUAAGGUGUAAUUAAUUUUUGAAACUAGUAUUUGCACCAAAAAAAACAAAUCAAACUAGUAUGUUUUUGGUUUGCUUGUUAUUCCUGUACUAAGCUUUUAUUGUAUCAUUUUAAAAUAACGGAGGAAUAAUAGUUUUAUC